AUGCACACGUCAUCUGCUCAAAAUAUCUACAUAGGAGAACAAGUGAAUUCAUUUGCAGACCAAACUACCAGUCGGAGAUUUAAUCGUCCCGUAGACCAGCCUUUACAACAUAACAGUCUGACAUCACGUACAAUGAACUUAAACAGAAUGCUCAGUCAUGGAAUAUCAAUGCCAGUUUCUGGAACGUGGCAUCCAACCGACUUCAGGCCCGACUACUUACUUCUUCAACCUACACCUAAAAGAAGACGAACUUCGUCCGGAUCAACAGGACUUUCUCGCCGAUAUUGUACAUCUUCCAGGAAUGGUCAUUUUUCUGGCGAUUUACCGGUGAAUUCAUCUAGAAAUCUUUCCUAUAUGUCUGAAAUGGUUAACCAUCGCUUUAUCAGAUCGUUGGAUUCACGUAAUUCCGAAAACGUUUUCCAAAAUAAUAUUUUUAUGAAUGCCCGCCCGAUACAUCAGCAUUGGCCCCAGGUACUACCAACAUCUCAGCAUCCUAAUCGUUGGCAGAAUGAACUUCGACAGGUUACCAGUUUAGUAUCUGUCGCUGCUGUCGCAGCCGCCGCCGCAGCUGCUGCUACACAAAAUAGUACACACUACCAACAGUCUUUCAUAUCACCGACUACAACUGUCAGUUCCUCAGAGGUACCUUGUCCUAGUAGUCAGCAUUAUGUUGAUAUUACACCACGAGCAGCUAGAGGUUUUACUUCAUCUAGAUCUAGUUUUGUUAAACGCCCAAACUAUCAAUUUUCAUUUUCUAAUGGAGUUGGAAGUAAUAAAAGAAGAUCGAACUUUCCAGAUGCUAAUGAAACCCAUAGUCAAAUUAUUAUCAACAAUGGACAUUCAUAUCAUGAAUUCGCUGUCACUGAUAAAGAUCUACCUUUACCGUCACCAUCCUCUUUCUCAUCGUCAUUAACAUCUGCAUUACUUUGUAAUCCUCAAUUGAAUUCUUGCCCACCAGAUAUAAUUGGUUCAGUCUCUUCAUGUACUCGUCAUAAUUUGCAAUCUGAAAGUAAUUAUGCCACUAUUCGACCUGAUUCAGAAAAUACUAUCAACUGUAGCCCUGAGGAAGAAUCCCCCGAUUCCAUUGUAACAAGUGCUACAGUUGGUAAUGCUGCAGGUCUAAUUCAUCGAACUGUGGUUGAACAACUAGAUCUACUGACAACUGUUCAGAAUUCAUCUCAUCCUGUUUUAUCAUCUCAUGACACUGAUCAUAAUAAUGAUUUGUUAUCAUUUACAUAUGUUACAAACUGUAAUACUGCUCCAAUUGUCGAAUCAAAUAAUAACAAUAAUGAGUCGAUGAUUAAAUCGAUUGAUGACUCUCAUCAUCGUCACCACCACCACCACCACCAACAACAACAACCAGUCAUUCAUACAAUAAAAUCUAAUAAUAUUAAACUAUCACAAACGGAUCUUCAUCAUCAGUCCAGUUCAGUUAUGUCAAAUAAAAAUCCAAUCACCUCUUGUUUUAAUGACUUCAACUCAAAUGAACGAACAGUUCAUCAAUACCUCAUUCUAAUAUCGACGAAAAUAUACAGUUGA